AUGUAUGACGACGAUGACACCACGUUUUCGCUGGUGUCGACGGCGUCGGUGACGGAUGCCACGAGCAUCACCACGCGGACCGAACUCGAGCUCGACCACGGAGAUGAGGACGCCGGAUUUGCGGGCGUUAGCGACGUUACCAGCGACUUCGAGAGCGGCUGGGAGGUUUCAUCGGGACCGUCCACCUCGGUCCCCCCAAGCGUCUACGAGGAUGAGAUUGCCUACGGUCGACGAUAUCACGGCUUCCGCCGAGGCAUCUAUCCUAUGCCCAACGAUGAGGUCGAGCGUCACAGAGAGGAAACGGUCCAUGCCCUGUUUCUUCAGCUAAUGGGCGGACAUUUAUUCUAUGCCAACAUUGGCGACUAUCCCCAGAAGAUCAUUGACAUCGGAACCGGCAUUGGAAUCUGGCCUAUAGAUGUCGCUGAUCAGCAUCCGAGCGCGAGCGUUAUUGGCACCGAUCUCUCACCGAUUCAACCGUCAUGGGUACCUAUCAACGUCCGCAUGUUUAUCGAGGAUAGCGAAGAGCCCGAAUGGCUCCAUGGCUCUGAGUUCGACCUAGUUCACUUCCGCCAAAUGACGGACGUUCUGCGAGACCUGAAGGGCCUCCUGACCAAGAUUUACCCACAUGUCAAGAACGGCGGUUGGGUAGAGUUUCACGAACUCAGGACGGAGAUCAGAUGCGACGAUGGAACUAUGAAGGAUGACGACCCCCUCCGGGUGUUUCUUGAUACGGUGAAAAACGGCCUGCGAGUUUACGGCAUCAACAUCCUUGCCAUUACUGAGCUUGAGCAGAUCCUUCGAGAAACCGGCUUUUCAAAUGUCCACUGCAUCACGAAAAAGGUCCCGAUAUCGACUUGGCCGCGCGACAAAACCCUGCGAGCCCUCGGUGUGUUUAUGAAGACGACUAUCAACGACUCUCUCGGAGCCAUGGCGGCGAAGCCUCUGGCUGCUCUAAAUCUAUCUCCAGAACAACGAGUGGCCAUGCUCGAAGCAGCACGAGACAGCCUCCAGGACGACACCAUCCACCGCUAUGUCAACUGUUGCGUCUGUUAUGCCCAGAAGAGAGAAGGUCACUUUGCCGAGUCUCUGUAUUGA